CUUGCAAUCCAACAAAAAGGAAUUUUAAACAUGAACUUCUACAAGGUUUUCAUCUUUGUUGCCCUCAUCCUGGCCAUUAGCAUGGGUCAAUCUGAAGCUGGUUGGCUUAAGAAGAUUGGCAAGAAAAUUGAACGCGUCGGCCAGCACACUCGAGAUGCCACCAUCCAGGGAUUGGGAAUCGCUCAACAGGCUGCAAAUGUCGCUGCCACAGCCCGGGGUUUUAAGCAGUCAAGUCAUCAGUCGCUCCACAGCAAUAUCAGCAACAACAACUCAAUCUUAAUCAUCAUGAACUUCUACAAGAUCUUCAUCUUUGUUGCCCUCAUCCUGGCCAUUAGCAUAGGACAUUCCGAAGCUGGUUGGCUCAAGAAGAUUGGCAAGAAAAUUGAACGCAUUGGCCAACACACUCGAGAUGCCACCAUUCAGGGAUUGGGAAUAGCUCAACAAGCCGCCAAUGUGGCAGCCACCGCCCGGGGUUAAGGACUUUUGAUAGCCUCUUUUUAAAAAGCCUUUUGUAUUUAUUUAUUUAUUGAACAAAAUUUACCAAAUUAGAAAUAAAAUUUACAUAUGAUACCUACUUGAAAAAUGUGUGAGUUU